AUGUUUGUAACUACUCCUCUUUCUCUGAAGAAUAGUAAGGUCAGCACACGGUCUAGUUGCUGUGUGCAACGAGCACGGCGCUCGACCGGUGUGGCGAAGCUCGCUAUGAAGGAGGCUUGGGUGCGUUUGGUGCCCACGAGCGACUUGCAACCCGGCGAGCUGCGCACGGUCACGGUUGCGUCCCAGCUUGUGCUGGUGGCCGUAGAUCAGGACGGUAGCGUGUUUGCGACCCAGGGCUACUGCAGUCACUUGGCGGUGCCGCUGGAUACGGGCUCUAUCGGCGACGGCGUGCUCACCUGCUCACAGCACCGCUCGUCGUUCGACCUGAAGACCGGUGAAGUGAUUUCGUGGUGUACGUUCCCGCCGAUUCUGGGUCCACUUCUGGGUAAACUACAACCGCCAACACCCAUCUCGGUGUACCCGGUUCGUGAGAACGCCGGCUACAUCGAGGCGUAUCUGCAGGUGGACGCAAAGGAUGAGUUCGAGAAGCAGUACUGGAAAGGCAUCUUGGACGCUCAAGGCAAGGCAACAGGUGGUUACUAUUGA